UGCGUGACGUAUAAUGGACUGGACGGGCGCUUCUUCAGGAACAACAACACGGCUACUCUUUCAACCACCUCGGUAGCUUGCUAGACAACAUAAAACUGAAAGAUUGACGCUUUAGACCAUGUUAAUGUACAUUAGCUAAUCUCAGUGUUGUAAACGCAGUUCAUUUGACGUAUCAACUGGUUAACUUUAACCUAAUUUGCUUGUUCAAUUUGCAAAGUUGUUAAACACUGAUACUGAGCCUAGCCGCUAAUGCUACCUAGCACUAGGCUAGUCGCUAAUUCUAACAUCCCUGACCAUGAGCUCACUAAACUACUCCUCCCCUGCUAAAGAAGAGGAGGUCUGCUGGACGGAGAAAGAAGCUCUGGGACUGAACAUUGUCGUGAAAGAAGAAGAUGAUGUUAUUGAGGAAACAGAGGAAGAACAUUUUAGAGAGGAAGAGGAUGCUGUCGCAGUAGAGGUGAAGAAGGAAGACGUUUUGAGAGUGAAAGAGGAGGAGACAGAAUAUCAGAUUAACACCAGAGAGAGACAUGACUAUUAUGGAUCCUCUGGGGAGCCUCAACAACAUCCUGAUGCUGACGAGGAAGAGAAGAGUCUCUCCAGAUCAGAACACCAGAUGGACAACGCUAGCCCUUCCACCCUCACGGAGUCCCCGUGUCGUGCCUCUCCCGGUAGCACCUUACUGCUGGGUAUGAAGAGGUUGUCUGUGCUGCUGGUGGACUGCAGGAAAACAACAGGACUGAGUGGAACUGUGAGAGGUGGAGAAGAGAAGAAAGGAUCAGAUUUGACACAUCAAAGAGGAACACCAAUCUUCGAGGAACCAAAGACGUCCAAACCAGCAAGACGACACCUCUGCGCCCAGUGUGGAAAGAGUUUUAACCAGUUAGGAAGCCUGAAAGCUCAUGAGCGAAUACACACAGGGGAGAAGCCUUACCACUGCUCCCAGUGUGGAACUAGGUUUACCAGAUUAGGAAGCCUGAAAAGACAUGAGAGGAUACACACAGGAGCGAAGCCACACCAUUGCGCCCAGUGUGGAAAGAGUUUUAACAAGUUAGGAAACAUGAAAUCUCACGAGCGAAUACACACAGGGGAGAAGCCUUACCACUGCUCCCAUUGUGGAAAAAGUUUUAGAGAGUCAGGAAACCUGAACGCUCAUAAGCGAAUACACACCGGGGAGAAGCCUUACCGCUGCUCCCACUGCGGAAAGCGUUUUAACCAUUCAGGAAAGCUGAAAGAACACAUGAGACUGCACACAGGGGAGAACCCUUGCAAAUGCUCAGACUGUGGGAAGACAUAUGACUCAUCACGGUCACUUAAACGUCAUGUGAGAAUCCACACGGGAGAAUAAUUACUUCUAGUGUGUAUAUUGAUAUUUCACAUCACAUUGACUUAAAAUUCAUCAGAGAACAUACACAGUGCUCCCGUUGUCUUAUAUUGUUGACUGACAAUGUGUUUACCUGUUGAAACCAGAUGAAAUUGAAUUGUACAAAGUAUUCUUAAACAUAUAUUUGUAUGUUUUUAUUAGAAAACAUGAGGUGAAUAUGGAGUUUGUCAGUUUGAAUAUAAAGUAGAUCAGAUUCCAUGUGUUUAAAUGGUCCUUUUUUAAACUCUGUGUGUGUUUAUCUGGGUGUGUCAUUCCUCCAGCACUACAGAUAAUCAAGUGAUAUUUGGAUGUGAUGCAUUUGUUCCAUUGUUUACAUUUGCAUUGUUGGCCCACUGAUGAUUUAAUGAAAUUAAAAUGUUCACAGACUCUAAUGGAAAAUGGUAAUUGUAAACUCAGCAAAAAAAAGAAACGUCCUCUCACUGUCAACUGUGUUUAUUUUAAAUAAACUUAAUGUGUAAAUAUUUGUAUGAAUGUGUCCCUGAACAAAGGGGGGGGACUUUUGCUGUUGAAUUCCCAUGUAUCGAAUGAAAAAUACAAGUUAAAUGGGUUUCCAUCACAUUGUCAACUCUACUGAUGGUUUUAAAAAGCUGUUUUAUAUAAAGAAACAUGGCAACGUGCACUGUAGCCAGCAGCUCACAGAUACAGUGUUGGUAGGCUACCUACAUGAUGAGAUUAUUAUGGAUGAGAGAGAGAUAUUAUUUUAUUUGUCAACAGGCAACCAAGCGUCAAUCAUCAAGUCACCAGAAUAAGACCCUCAAAAUGUAUUGGAAAGGAGCAUCAAGCUCAACACAUGCACUUUCACCACCCUGUGAAGUUCAUCAUUUAUUUCA